AUGUCGUCAAUCACAUUAAAAGAGAGCGGGAUCCAAGUCAAGCUUCCCGAUGGCCUAUCAGAAGACCAACUCUUAGGUUUCCGACCUUUCAACGAUUGGGUCAAGGGCCUCAACAACUCCCUAAGCUUGCAAGCCAAAAGCAAGGACCACCCAUUCCACCAAGACCCCUACCGCCUACGCGGCAUCUCAGUUCAGACCUUCGACAUCUUUGGCUCCGGCCGCGUCGGUUUCCUCAAGGUUAAGGCCGAUGUCAAGAAUGAGGCGGGAGAGGGACUUCCUGCCAGCGUAUUCCUUCGCGGACCUAGUGUCGGCAUGCUGGUGAUACUCAUCCCUGACGACGCGCCGCCUGAUAGCGACGAGCGCUACGUCGUCUUGACGGUGCAGCCCCGUGUGCCUGUCGGCAGCCUUUCGUUCGUGGAGUUACCCGCCGGCAUGGUCGACGACAGCGGCAGCUUCGCAGGUGCGGCGGCGAAGGAGAUUAAAGAGGAGCUCGGCCUGGAGAUUCAUGAAUCGAAGCUGACGUGCUUGAGCGAGCUGGCGGGCGCGGGCAGAUCAGAUGGAAAUGAAGCCGAGGAGGGCUUGGCCGAGGCAAUGUACCCCUCUGCCGGCGGGUGCGAUGAGUUUGUGACGCUGUAUAGCCACGAGAAGAAGAUCCCUCGCGAGCAAUUAAAGGAAUGGAGCGGCAAGCUGACUGGGCUACGGGAUCACGGGGAGAAGAUUACGUUGAAGCUUGUGCCGAUGAAGGAUCUGUGGCGGGAGGGCGCGCGGGAUGCAAAGUGUCUCGCGGCGCUGGCUCUUUGGGAUGGACUCCGGCGCGAGGGCAAGUUAUGA